AUGACUGAAGCUCCCUCUGAGGCUGGUUUCCAGAUUCAACCAGAUAGAGGCAUCAGCUGGAUAACCCUCGGCUCUUCCAUCUACAGUGUGAUAACGAGGCUGAAGGCGUCCCCGCAUAUUUACACCGGUCUUGACUUAUCCUGUUCUGCUGUGGAACCACUCACCCAGCCGAUCAUUCUGAGCCUACCAUAUAAUGGUCUGAGACUUCGCUUCGACGGUCCCGAUCAACGGCUACGACUGAUCGAAGUACUCGACUUCUCGCUGAGCACAUUCGUCUAUAAGAACACCGCGCUGGUCCGCCGAGCUAAGAGCUCGGAUGAUGUUAACCAAGAUGAGGUCAGUCCAAGCGGGCCAACCUUUCGCCAUGUCUAUAGUCGUCUGUUCGGACCAACUUAUGCGGGAGAAUAUACCGCCCCAGAAGCCGGCGUCUCCGAAGGGACGUACGUCCUUUCAUAUCCUGGCUUGGCCUUCACGUUUCCUGUGAAGCACAAAGCGUGGUCAGAAAAGGUGGACUUUGUGUCAAUACUGUCCUCGAAUGCGACAGGUCCGGCGAAGGCGAUGGCUAUCUUUUCGGGGUCAUCGUGGACUGAAGUGAGGUCUAACCUGUAUACUAAACCACCAGUCUAUCCACGAUCACCGGCACUUAUUGGCAAAUCCGUGGAGACUGUCCCUGACGAAAUCGAGGAGGUAAGAGUGCUUGGAGGCGGUAGGCUGGAAUUGAUCCGAAGGAGCUCGCCGCCUCUAGCGAUCACCCUAAGCGAGACAACUCCGCAAGAUCUUGUGGCCGACUUAGGUCCACCCGAUGCCAUUUACCGUAAGCAUGACCGCCGGAUAUCCAUCCAUGCGAAAGGCAAGCCUACCAACCGACGACAGUCAAGCGUGUCUCCGGGACUCGACCCCCAAGCACUGGAUACCGAUCAGUCAUCCAUGCACAGUUAUACAGAAGACUCGGACUUUGAUCCGGAACUCGAUGAAGAUCGCACUGAUCCGUCCAGCGAUGAAUGCUUCUACAACUACUUCAACCAUGGAUUUGACAUAUUGAUCUCGUUUCCUGCCGCAAGAACACCGCGUUUUCCCGGUUCCGAGCUCGGUGAGAUUUCAGCAUCGUCCAGCGCGCAACUGGUUGCCACCAAGAUCUUAUUGCAUGGCAACGUACCAGGGUCAUUUCCAUUCAAUCGGCAUCGGCGAAGUCGGUGGGUGAUACGACUAGAUGCAGAGAGCAGAGAGCCAUGGUUGACUUCCGAGAUGCCGUUCUCUGAGGUAUCCGCGGCACUCAAGGACGUCUGGCACGACACGUACAAGGACGAGAACGAGGAGAAGCAGAUGCAGCGCGGCAUGGUGCUCAACCGAGGAUGGGGUGAAAGCCCCGAGAGCUCGAUCGAGCUGCUGGGGGAUCUCGAGGAAAGCCCAACCCGAGAGAAGGCCGAUGAGCAUGGUCUGGGAGAUGCUAUCGGUGUAAUGAGCAACACGGAAUUGUUCGGGUUCCCGGGCAUGUUAUUUGAAGUGCUGAAGAAUGACGCUGUUAGCUGCUUGACAGUGUUUUAG